ACUUAUUUAAACACCCUUUGUGGUGGCUGAGGAUGGUCCUAAGUGACUAAUAUAAUCCCGAAAAAUAUAAACACAUCCAAGUCAGCUCUGGGAUGGGAACUGGUGCUUGAUUGAUGGUAUCCUGGAAACAUGAGCCAUUACACAGCCUGCUGCUUCUGUGUGUAUUUCCUCUGGACUGGAGCUGGCUUUUGUUUGAUUGUUUCCAUCUUUAAUUGAGAGAAAACCCACAACUUGUCUCACGUGAUGUCGCUGGAGAACAAAGGGCAGGUGUUGCAGUGCAGGAUGUUGUGGACCACCCUUCCCCCUGGUGCAGUGACAAAGUCUUGUCCCUUCUGGUGGUGGUGGUGACAGCCUGGGGCUAGACCCCCACCCGAGGGGCUCUGGGGGUAUCCUGUGCUGGAGCCAGCACUCGUCCCUUGAUGCUUUGUGUCUCCACACUGAACUGUUUUGUUUCCUGUGCAACAUCUCUGGACAAAGUAUUGCCCGGCACAAAUCCCCGCGCCUGCCCUGCGGGAGGAAGCACAAUCGGCUUCCAGGAAAGGUCUUCAAGCCCCUGAGUCUGGAAAACCAUCAUUCCCUUCGUUCCUUCAAAGGCUUCCUGUGGGGUGGAAAACAGUCCUGGUGCGUAAGCUUGCUCCUUCCACCCUGUGCACGCAUCUGGUGAUGUCCCUGUGCCGUGCCCAGGGGAGCAGGAGCUCCUGUGCUGCUCUGGGGUGGGGGAAAGCUCUGAAUCCCUGCAGGAGAGGUCACAAGCAGGUGGUGGAACAGGGCUUGUGGUGGAUCCACUACUCAGGGGCUCUGUGAGUGAGAGCUGCCUUGGGGGCUUUGCCACAUCACUGAGCUGCCCCUGCCUCUGUGGCUGAGCCUUUGGAACUGGAGGAUUAUCAGGUUUCCAUGACUUCAGUUUCCUCUGUGUUGCCCCCUCUGUGGGUGGCUGGGGCAGCUCUGGGCACUUCCAAGCUCCAAAACAGUGGAGUUUGUUUCUGGGCUUUCUGGUAACCACUAAUUUCUUGAGGUCCAGGGAAGCUUCUUUUUAAGCUGAGAUGGUUCCAUAAAGGCUCAGCUCUCAUUCACACCGAUUCAGGGAUUUUCUCAUUGCAGCAGGGCUGCAAUCAGGGUGAGGGAUGUGAAACCCUGGCACCACACGUGCGUCCUCAGGGUUCCCAGACUCAUUUCUGGGAAGAGCCUGGCCGUGGCUUGUCCCAGGGCUGGGCAGGGGGGCUCUGGUGGCUGCUGGAAAAUCCGGGAAGUGUCUCUGUUAACACAGGAUGGAAGGAACAAAAACCCCAGCACCAUUAAUCACCUGCUUCAGCUGAGUGUGCACAUUUGGAGGGGAGUGUUUACAGAGCACUUUCCUUGCUCAGAGGCUUCCUGCACCCUCAGAGAAUUAAUGGCAUGACCUCCGAAAAGGAUGCGUGGCACACCCAGUGCACGGAGUUGCCUCUCAGAACAGUUCUCAGAUAGGAAAUGUCCUGGUCCUGUGAUGACACUGGAUGCAGAGAUGGGCACGUCCCUCCCUCAGCUCUUUGGGACCUUUCACAGCCUUGGCUGCAGCCUGGCAGGAUGGGAUGGGACAGAACAGGGCUCAUUUCCCCACGGGGAGCUGGGCAGGAACCAGGGAGUGAUGCCAGACCCAGCACGGACCCAGGACAGAUGCUGAGGGUCUUGAGAUUGAAUAGUGCAGGGUGUUCAACACCUCUGUGGUAACACUUUCUCCCUCUGUACCAUAAGAUCAACCCUCACAGGAACACCUGCUUCCAUCCCUGAAAACACCCAGUGUGAAUAAAUGCACCUGCCAACAGGGCUGGCCACAGGCCCUGGCUCUGCUUUUGGGGCAGGGUCUGACAGAGCCCUUUCCACAGCUGUGUGUCCCCAGCAGCUGUCGGGGUCAGGGAAAGGCUGGUUUGCCACUGGGGAGUGCAAAAAACAGGGAUAGAGCUGGAUCUGAGCCACAUCCCAGUGUGCAGGAGCCUGUGCAGGGCUCCCCGGUGGGGUGAUGGGGGUCCCUGCAGCCACACAGGGACUCUUUGGGACAGGGACUUUCCCAGGUUUGGAAGGGCUGCUGGCUUUGCCGUUGACUGAGUGUUGUGCAAGAGCUGAACUUGGAAGAAAAUCAGAAACCUCCCUCUGGAAAUACCCCUUGGGCUGGAAGCUGUGGAGGUCCUGGGGCCCGUGCUCAUGGGGGCGGUUCCUAAAGGGCUUAAGAAGGGCUGAGGUUGGAGCCGGCAGCCAGAAGGAGACAGCUCCGGCCAGCGGCACCCGCUCCCUGGAAGGGGGGAAGGAAGGAAAGAAGGGAAAACCAGCCCUGCUGCUGCCCUGUGGGUGAUGGAACCGGCUUCUGUCCUUCUCCUCCUCAGCUCACUGUGGGGCUGCAGCGGGCACCCCGCUCACAGGCUGGUGGUGACACCGCGGGAGCCGCUGGUGCCGUUUGGGGGCUCAACAGAGCUGAACUGCUCCUUGGCCUGCGCAGGGGGCAAGGUGGAGUGGAGGGGGCUGGACACCGCCCUGGGGACCAUCUCCUCCUUCUCCACCCACAGCAUCUUGCACAUCAGGAAUGCCAUCGUGGCCACAGAGGGCAUGAAGAUCUGCCAGGGCAGCUGCCACGGGCAGCACUACCAGAACACCGUCACAUUGAAGGUGUAUGCCCUCCCAGACACGCUGAGGCUGGAGGCAGCACCCCACAUCCUGCGCCCGGGACACCCUGCCAACCUGAAGUGCUCGGCCACGCACCUGUAUCCUAUCUCUGGGGUGGCCCUCACCUGGUACUGGGGGCACCACGUGGUGGAAGACACAGACUUUCAUUUUGAGGAGACCGAUGAGGAGCUGUAUAACAUCAUUUCCACCCUGUCUGUGAAUGGGACAGAGGUGGCAGAAGGGGUGGAGUUCAGGUGUGAGGUGACGCUGCACGUCGGGCAGGAGACCUUCACCCGGGUGGCUUCUCUGGAGGCAAGUGCUGAGGCUGUGAUGGAGCAGCCGGCAGCCGUGGUCACCUCCAUGGGGAACCCCAGCACAGCCAAGCCCGUGGCCACCACAGCACUUCCUCCAGGGCCGAGUGUCCCUCCAGGUGAUCCCACCACAGCAUGGAAGCCAAACACUGAGACCACCCUGGAUCUGGCUGCUGUCACCAACGCGCCCUCCACGGAGCCCCAGGACCUCACGGCAGGCAGCUCCACGGCACGUGUGGCCACUGUCGCGGCGGGGACAGGACCACCUAUGGGGACAAAUCCUGCCUGCAGCCUGCACAUCUGGUCGCUGCCUCCCACCGGGACGCGGGGCAGGGCCCUGCGCAUCGAGUGCCACGCUCAGUGCUCCGGGAACGCCACGGUGGGCUGGCUCCGGACCCCCGCAGCCCUCUCGCAGUACCGGGAGGAGUCCGCGGGCAGCAGCUCCGCGCUGCGGCUGGACCGGGCCGAGCCCUGGCACCAGGGCCACUACCAGUGCGUGCUGCUCGGCCGCCGAGCCCAGAUGGUCAGCCUGGAGGUGAUGGUGCUGGACGAUUCCUUCAGCUCCAGCCCGGCCAUUGCUAUGGGGACAGCGGGAUCGCUCUUGGGGCUCAUCCUGACCGGCGCCGUGUCUCGACGCCUGUGGAAACGAUUCAGAUUUCGGAAGCAGCUGUGCUAGGAGUGGGAGCAGGCGGCUGAUGGCCGCAGCCCUCCAGCCGUGUCCCUGCUGUCCCCGUCUGCCGCUCGCCCCGUCCUGGCCAGCAAGGAGCGGGAGGGAGAACAGCUGUCUGCGGCUGCCGCGGGAGGCAAAGCCUGGGAGGACAACGAGCAGAGACGACACAAGGACGAGGCCAGGACGCGCCCGGGACUGGAUCCCCGCGGGCUGGCACCGAACGCUGCGCUGGGUCCCGGCACCCGGAACCAGCGGACGGGCGGGAGCACGAAGGCCGCUUGUCUGUCACAACAGAAUAUCCGAGGCAAUCCCGUGGGGAGCGUGGGCUCGGCGGGCGGGUGGGACCGGUGCUCCAAUAAAGAACUGUUAACGUCCGA